ACACUGCGGUGGGGAGGGGGCCUGAUAAGUGUCCUGCCGCUCUGGCUCCGCACCUAUAGAUGGUCGAGCUGCCGGUAGCGGCUUCGCUCCCCCACAUGAACUUUUCCGCCGGGCUUCGCGCCUCUGCGCAUACCGGCUCCGCGCAGUCCGCCCCCGCCGCGGACGCCGAGAGACCGCCCGGGGCUGGCUUCGAGGUGCUGCCGGCGGCAAACUUUCCGCCUGGCGGAGCCGGAGAAGCUGCGUGCGCGGGUGGGUGUUCGUCCUUCCUUUAACUACUUGCGCGGCGCGUCUCCAUCCCCGGCCUCUCGGGUCAGUGCGGCGCUGUGCGGGGGGCGGCGCGGCGGAGGAGCCCCGCGCUCGUCCCCGGCGGCGGCCGCCGCUCCGGCCCGCCCCGCACGGGAGUGAAGGAGCCGGACUCCGGCGGGCUUUGCUGUUGUUGCUCCCGCAUCCACUGCUGCCGCAGCAGCAGGAAGAGGAUGGAGCGGGGCAAGGAGAACCGGGCGGCCGCGGGGGACAAGCCUGCCGAGCCCGAGCCGGCUGUGUCUUUCCAGGCCCGGCUGUGGAGGAACCUGCAGCUGGGGGGAAAGGGCCGGAGUAGCGGCAGCGGUGGGCGGGCGACUGCAGAGCGCCGCACCGCAGAGACCCCGGCCCCACCGCCGGUCAGCGGCAAGGGGGACCUCCCGCCUGGCGCCAAGUGGAGCGGCUUCAAGCGGCGGCGGCAAGUGCUGGACCGAGUCUUCUCGUCCUCCCAACCCAAUCUCUGCUGCUCGGCCGCCGAGCCGCUGGAGCCGGGCGGCGAGUCCGGCUCUGCCUCGUGCCGCCUGCCAGAACACCCCCAGGACAAGGGGCCGCCGGCCGGCAGCCGCCGCGACCCCGUCGCCGGGAAUGAGGGGCCCAAGGUCGGCAAGGAGGGACGCCGAGACGGGGCGCACCUGUCCCACCAGAAGAGCUCCUCGCUGCCCAGCACUGCUUGCCUGGAGCAGCUGCUGCAGGGCUCGCCUACCGCCGGCAGAAGGAAGGAGUCGCGGGCAGAGGACAGGGACGGCAGCGCGAGAGCAAAUUCUGUUGGAACAAGUAAUGAAGAUUUACCUUCCGAGGACCCCGGAAUGUACCAGCUGGACAUUACUCUCAGAAGAGGACAGCAUCUAGCAGCACGGGACCGUGGAGGAACCAGUGAUCCCUACGUCAAGUUCAAGCUUGGAGGAAAAGAAGUCUUUAGAAGUAAGACCAUACACAAGAAUCUCAACCCUGUGUGGGAAGAGAAGGCUUCCAUUCUUAUAGAGAACCUCAGAGAACCACUGUACAUAAAGGUCUUUGACUAUGACUUUGGACUUCAAGAUGACUUCAUUGGUUCAGCAUUUCUGAAUUUCACUUCACUGGAAUUGAACAGGCAAACAGAUGUUACCUUGAGUCUGAAGGAUCCUCAUUACCCUGACCAUGACCUAGGAAGCAUCUUGUUGUCAGUCCUGUUGACUCCUAAAGAAGAACAGCGAGAAUCGACAAUACUAAUGAGGAAGAGUUGGAAAAGAUCAAGUAAGUUUCAGACUCAGAGCUUACGACUGUCAGAGCUGCACAGAAAAUCUCAGCUGUGGAGAGGCAUAGUUAGUGUCACCUUAAUAGAAGGACGUGAGCUUAAAGCCAUGGAUGCAAAUGGACUAAGUGACCCUUACGUAAAGUUUCGUUUGGGACAUCAGAAAUACAAAAGCAAGAUUGUGCCAAAAACUUUGAAUCCUCAGUGGAGGGAGCAGUUUGACUUUCAUCUCUAUGAAGAACGAGGUGGAAUUAUUGAUAUUACCGUGUGGGACAAAGAUGCUGGCAAAAAGGAUGAUUUUAUUGGCAGGUGCCAGGUUGACCUGUCAACCCUGAGCAAAGAGCAAACCCACAAGUUGGAGAUGCCUCUGGAGGAAGGAGAGGGGUGCCUGGUGUUGCUGGUCACUCUCACAGCCUCAGCUGCGGUCACUAUCUCUGACCUCCCUGUCAACUCCCUGGAGGACCAAAAGGAGCGAGAGGAGAUACUGAAGAGAUAUAGUCCAAUGAUGAUGUUCCAUAACAUCAAAGACGUGGGAUUUCUUCAGGUGAAGGUCAUCAGGGCAGAAGCAUUGAUGGCAGCUGAUGUCACAGGUAAAAGCGACCCAUUUUGUGUAGUUGAAUUGAACAAUGACAGACUGUUGACACACACUGUCUACAAGAACCUCAAUCCAGAGUGGAACAAAGUCUUCACAUUCAAUAUUAAAGACAUCCACUCGGUGCUUGAAGUGACAGUUUAUGACGAAGACCGCGAUCGGAGUGCUGACUUUCUAGGCAAAGUUGCUAUACCACUGCUGUCUAUUCAAAAUGGUGAACAGAAAGCCUACGUCUUGAAAAACAAGCAGCUGACAGGGCCAACAAAGGGGGUCAUCUAUCUUGAAAUAGAUGUGAUUUUUAAUGCUGUGAAAGCCAGCAUACGAACCCUCAUGCCCAAAGAACAGAAGUACAUUGAAGAGGAAAACAGGCUGUCCAAACAGCUCCUGUUAAGAAACUUCAUCCGGAUGAAGCGUUGCGUCAUGGUGCUCAUCAACGCCGCCUACUACAUUAGCAGCUGCUUUGACUGGGAUUCUCCCCCAAGAAGUCUUGCUGCUUUCUUGCUUUUUCUUUUUGUGGUCUGGAACUUCGAGCUUUACAUGAUACCACUGGCUUUGUUGCUGCUUCUGGCAUGGAACUACUUCUUGAUUGUAUCAGGCAAAGACAACAGGCAGCAUGAUACAGUAGUGGAGGACAUGCUAGAGGACGAGGAAGAAGAGGAUGACAGAGAUGACAAGGACAGUGAAAAAAAAGGAUUUAUGAAUAGACUUUAUGCCAUCCAGGAGGUGUGUGUCAGUGUCCAGAAUAUCCUUGAUGAAGUGGCUUCCUUUGGAGAAAGAAUCAAGAAUACAUUCAACUGGACUGUCCCAUUCCUGAGCUGGCUGGCAAUUUUUGCCCUCUCUGUGUUCACCAUCAUCCUGUAUUUCAUUCCACUGAGAUACAUUGUCCUUGUCUGGGGCAUCAAUAAAUUUACAAAGAAGCUUCGAAGUCCAUAUGCCAUUGACAACAAUGAGCUACUUGACUUCCUCUCCAGAGUUCCUUCUGAUGUGCAAGUGGUGCAGUACCACGAGCUGAAACAAGACUCUAGUCACAGCCCGAGCAAGAGGAAGAAGAACAACACUGGCUAGGCAGUUUCACACGUGGAAGGAGACCAGCAUCUGCUGGGGCAAGAGGAAAGACAAAGCCUACAGCCUAAGCAGCAUUUCCUUUCUCUGAGCUCUGUAUUUAUUUUGCCUUUUUACCUAAUGGGGAGAUUUUGUACAUAGUGUAAAAAGGCAUUUCUCUAUUUUGCACUGUAAAGACACCUUUGAUGAAGGUUUCAAGCAGGGCUUGUUGGGGUCUUGUGGCGGUCUUGUGGCUUUUUUGAGUAGCCUCCUUAGGAAGAGCAACUUGGAAAGAAUCAGUCCACAGCAGUAAAACCACACUGCUGCUUGAUGGUCAAAGAGAUACCCAAAACACACUCAAACCAUACCGACUACAUCUCCAAAGGUGUAAACCUGGCUCCAAAACUCAGUCAGGUUUGAUUUGUGGGAGUUAAGAUUUUUACCCAGUGAGCCACUGUUAGGAUUUUUCUAUGUUUUGUACAUUUCCAGACAAAUACGAGGUAGUGGAGCCUCCUGCACUUCAGUUUUAGCCAGCUUGGUGGUUUUUUUUUCUGAACUCCAGACUCUGGUUGUUAACUCCUGGUGCAAUGUUUUCCUGGUGUGGUAGGGCUGCUUGUGAGACGCUGAGAAACACCAAGCGCAAAAGCCUCCUUCAGGAGCUCCCCAAAAGAGGUUCCUGCCAAUUUUUAAUCAUUCCAUUUUGAGACCUACAAAAUAAAAAAACAAAAAACAAGUCUCUCUGCCUCUCUUCCAGAAAAACUGCCAGGUUUGUAACCAGUUGCCUCUUGGAUUUUUCCAUAUGUCCCAGUAGGCUUCAUUUGUACUAUGUCGUUUAGUGAGCGAAGCUGGUAGCUCUGCUGUGAUGGAAACAACCAGCCAACCAUCUCCCAUCUUGCUUUGGGUGUUGAGCUAUGAACACCUUUGGUUUUUUUCUGUGCACACAACUGUUUUUUACUAUGGGAAUCUUGCAGAAAAGUGUUGGGGUUUUUGUUUUGUUUCGUUUUUUCUCUGCUUUCGGAUCACCAGGUCAUAUUUAGUUGUGCUUUAAGGUAUAUAACACCAUUACCUGCUACUGCUGUGAAAUAUAAUGUAGAGGUUUAAAAAAGGAAAAAAAAAAAAGGGAAAAAAGUUAAAAAAAAAAAAAAACAGCAAAAAGAAAAAAACCCAAACAAAAAGCAGUUGUGGUCAAACUGAUGAUGCCAGUUUUAUUUCCUUUAUGCUAACAAUGUAGUCAGCUCUUCUGAUACAGUUGUGCCCUGCUGCAUGAAAACUGCAUCGUUUUAUGAAUUCCAUGGGAAAUAGAGGAGAAACGUUUACAUUUCCAAUGUCUUAGUGGCCACUGCAUAACGAGUACUUGGGGAUAUAUCCUGAUAGCUGCAUGUACACUUCCACACUCAGCUCCCCACCUAGAGAGCAGAGACUUCAUUCCUGAGGCACUGCCUGUGCACAGCUCCUGGCUGGGCCGUAGCUUCCCGCUGAUGUCCGAAAGGGGAUUUUUUACCCUGGGAAGAAUGGCAGGGCUGCGUCCUCCAGAGGAGCUGCUCCUGAGGUCCUCUCUGGGUUACCUGUUGUUGGUUGCAGUUGCUGAUCCAGUUCUAUUGCACUACUCUAACAGUACUUUUUGAAGAGACUAUUUAGAGAUCCUUUGUGAGCAAAGGCAUAUAUAUUUGUCUAAAGAAUUCUGUGUUAGGUGCAUUGCUCAUGAAAGACCAUCCUGGAUUUGUUUCUUUUACAGACAGCAGGUUGCUGGCCCUGAUGGUGAUUUUGAUCUUUCUGUUUGUCUGUUUGCAAAAAUGCCAAUCAAAUGACUGUCCUGCAGAAGGUCUCAGACACAAACAUAUUCCUGCUAUGCCACAACCUCAGCAGGAUGAACUCACCACAGUGGCAUAACGACCUGGUGGUUCACCAUGUGCUGCUGCCUGGGGAGCUGCAUGCUCCUGACAAAGCCAGAGCCACUGAAGAGCUUCUUUUCUCCAAAGCUAAACAAAAGCAGCCCAAAUUUUGAUGUGAUGAUGUGUGAGUGCUUGCUGUCAGUUCUGCGGGGUCCUUCGAUGCGCUGCAAGCUCUGAACCUUCUCAGUGUUGCCUGUCGGUCUGUGUGUGGUCUCCUCUCAUGUAUUCUUUUCUGUAUUCAUAUGUCUCCUUUGGUGGUCAUGUCUGAGUGAGUUUGUGACACACAUCUACAGCAUUAAACACAGUUUUAAGCAUCUCUCUA